UUCAGACGGUUUCGCCCGCGCGGAGCAGCGUGCAGCGGCCGCGAUGUCGCACGCCAGAGCAGUGCCGGCUCUAGCCAGGGUCAGCUCGCGCAAACGGACUCGCGUGACCUUUGCGACGAAACGAUUCCGGUCGUCCGGAGCGUCGACCCGAGCGAAGGAGAAAAACGAGGUGCCGGCGGUGGACCCCGCGUGCACGCUCGUGGAGCGAAGGUGCGAGGUGGAUUUGAUCAGCACAGGAAGCUCUCGCGCGGCUGAUGGGGCCAAAAAGGUCUGCGUGGACUUCGAUAACACGCGCGAGGCUUACAAGAGCAAAACCACGCUCGAGCUGCUGCGAAGUCUGCUGGUUUUCAAACUCUGCACAUUUGACUUCGUUGUCGACAAGAACAAGGAGCUGAUGGACCUGAGUAAGAGGCUCUUUGGCCAGCGCGUUUUCGAGAAGUUGAUGAAGAUGACGUUUUAUGGGCAGUUUGUGGCGGGGGGAGACCAGGACUCCAUUAAACCCUUGAUUGAGAAGAACCAGGCGUUUGGCGUCGGAUCUGUGCUGGACUACAGUGUGGAGGAAGAUCUCACCCAGGAGGAGGCUGAGAAGAAGGAGAUGGAUUCCUGUGUCUCUGAGGCUGAAAAGGAAAAUCAUGGGGUGGAUCACCGGGAGAAGAAGUACAAGGCCCACCGGCAGUUUGGCGACCGGCGGGGCGGUGUGAUUAGCGCACGCACCUACUUCUACGCUGACGAGGCCAAGUGCGACCAGCACAUGGAGACUUUCGUCAAGUGCAUCAAAGCAUCUGCUGGGAGCUCUGUGGAUGGAUUCUCAGCCAUUAAGAUGACUGCGCUGGGUCGACCUCAGUUCCUGCUGCAGUUCUCAGAGGUGCUGGUGAAAUGGAGGCAUUUUUUUAGCCUGCUGGCCGCCCAGCAGGGGAAGGACGGCAUGGCUGUGCUGGACCAGAAACUCGAGCUUGAGCAGCUCCAGGAGAAUUUGGCUAGUCUGGGAGUGGGAGCCAAACAGGACAUCGAGAACUGGUUCACUGGAGAGAAACUGGGAUCUUCUGGGACUAUAGACUUGUUGGACUGGAAUAGCCUCAUUAAUGACAGAACAAGAAUCUCCCACUUGCUGGUGGUGCCCAAUGUGGAGACCGGUCACCUGGAGCCUCUGCUGAGCAGGUUUACUGAGGAAGAGGAGCAUCAGAUGAAGAGAAUGCUACAGCGGAUGGACAUCCUGGCCAAGCAUGCAGUUGAGAGCGGGGUAAGGUUGAUGGUGGACGCUGAGCAGACGUAUUUUCAGCCCGCCAUCAGCAGACUCACCCUGGAAAUGCAGAGGAUCUUCAACACCCAUAAACCCAUCAUCUUCAACACCUACCAGUGUUACCUUAAGGAGGCCUAUGAUAAUGUCAUGGUGGACAUGGAGCUGUCCCAGCGGGAGGGCUGGUAUUUUGGCGCCAAGCUGGUCCGCGGCGCCUACAUGCACCAAGAGAGGCAGCGGGCGGCUGAGAUCGGCUAUGACGACCCCAUCAACCCCGACUACGAGGCCACCAACAGAAUGUACCACAGGUGUCUGGAGUACGUCUUGGAGGAGAUCGACCGCAACAGGAAGGCUAACGUGAUGGUGGCAUCGCACAACGAGAACACCGUCACAUUCACGCUGCAAAAGAUGAAUGAGAUUCGUCUCUCUCCGAGGGAGAAUAAGGUUUACUUUGGCCAGCUGCUGGGGAUGUGUGACCAGAUCAGCUUCCCUCUCGGUCAGGCUGGGUUCCCCGUGUAUAAAUAUGUCCCGUAUGGUCCUGUGAAUGAGGUGAUCCCAUACCUGUCCCGCCGGGCGCAGGAGAACCGAGGCUUUAUGAAGGGCUCGCAGAGAGAGCGCAGCCUGCUCUGGAAGGAGCUCAAACGCCGCCUCUUCAGUGGCCAGCUGCUCUACAAGCCCAUCUAUUGAGGAGCUGCUCUACCAUACUCCAGCCUGCCAGGGAGUUGCUCUACAGCCCACCUGAAAGGAGCUGCUUCAUUAUAGAUUGUGCUGUUGAGGAGCUGCUCCAUUGAAGCCUUCUGAGGAGAUUCUUUAUUGUAGACCAGUCCACUAGCAAUCUGCGCUAUAAACCAGUCUGAACAGCUGCUCUGUUAUUGCUCUAUUAGUCUCCUGAGGAACUGCUCUAUAUACUAGUCUUUGAGAAGCCUCUCUGUUAUAGACCAGUGUCCCGGGGAGCUGCUCUGUUAUACACCAGUGUAUUUUGGGUCUGUAGACCAGGCUAAUGAGGGUGUGCUUGGUUCUAAGGGUUGUUUCACUCACACACACACACUCAGUAGCUGUGCUAUGCUUUGAUGACUUUCUUGCAAAGAAAAAGGCUUCUGGUUGUCUUGUUUAAUUUAAUCCAGUCACAUUAUUCAGUACACACAUGCAUACUCUAAGACCACGGCGUAGCAGUGGGAUUGUACUGUAGUAAAGUAAGGAAAAAAACUCUCUAGCCACUACUACUCACAUCUGCCGUAAGCAGGUGUGUGUGUGGGGGUGUGUUCGUCUGUUCUCUUCAUGCUCCCUCAUACGGCUCUCACAUAACUCGCACGUCCUCACCCAGAGCCUAAAGUCAAGUGAACAGUGUUUUAACUGCGCUCUCAUGUUUUAUUAGUAUUAUUAUUGUAAUUACCCAUAGUAGCGGUAGGGGGUGGAGUCUGCUGUUCCCGCGCUUCGCGGGGCCAGGAGGCUCGCAACGUUGAUGCAUAAAUUUCCAGGCAAAGCCACGAGAAGAGAGCGACUUUCUGAGGGAGAUGAAUGAAUUGCACUCUGGUGAAGUUUAGUGCGUUGAACUUUUAUUCUAUUUUGCUUAUUUAUAUUUUUGCUGGGAGUAUCAGGUAGAUAAGUGAAGGGGUUUUAGGUAUUCGUGAGGAGACUGGUGGUGAGUGAAAAUGUUGUGGAAUGCAGAACAUUUUAGGAUUUAAUGGUGUUAGGAACAGGCUUUGUGAAUUGAAGUGUUUGUUUUGUGUGUUAUGACAGGUAUUAUAAAAUGUAGUUGAUUUAAGAAAAAGCUAUUUUAGCUGCAUUCCAUUUUCUUGUUUAAAAUAUUACAGGUGGUAAAAGAUUUUGUAUUUUAAUGUAAAAAUAAUUCGGGGAAAGGAUUUUAAAGUCAAUGACAAUCAUGAUUUGGGUUCAUUUUUCCUUUUAUUCUUUAUUUUUGGGUCGUCUGUGUUUGCUGAAUUACUGCGUUCUAUAGUUGCAGCUUAUUUCUGUAUGCAGGGUGGUUUGUGUCUUAAUUGUACGAAACCUAGAGUAAUUAAAUGAAUAGUCACAAGAGUGUUGUGUAAAAUAAAUAAAAGCUAUUUUUGGAUA